GGUGCUGUGGGCUGAUCGGGCUCCCUGCCGGGUCUCUCGCCACCUGCCCCACCUCCGCAUGGGAGGAGGACGAGGAGCGCUUCGGUCUUCCCGUCCUGCUAUUCCGGGCAGCGCCGCCCCCGCCGUAUCCCGAGCAGAUCCUACCUCUCCCCUCUUUGCUUCGCGGCGCGGCCGGGGAUGGAGGUGCCGGCCGGCUGCGCGGAGCUCCCGCUGCCCCCCGACCUGAAGGACCUGGAGAGCAAAGUCGGGCAGAGACCCCCCGAGGGGCUGCUCCGCUGGCUGCGCGAGGACCCCGCGGCGCAUCUGCUCCGCAGCAGCCCCGGUCGGGGGCUGUGCCAGGGGCUCGGGGAGAAGAUCAAGGCUCUGAAGCUGGAACUCGCUUAUCUCAGAGCAAUAGAUAUCAAGAUCCUACAACAGCUAGUAGCUGUGAAUGAGGGCAUAGAAGCGGUGAAGUGGCUGCUAGAGGAGAAAGGGAUGCUGACCAGCCGCUGCAGCAGUCUCACCAGCAGCCAGUACAGUCUGGUAGAGAGUCAAGAGACAUCCCGGCGAGGCAGCUGGAACAGCCUUCAAGACCCUAAUGACAAGUUGGAUAGUAUCUCUAUUGGUAGCUAUUUGGAUACACUGGCUGAUGAUAUGGAUGAGUAUGGACAAGGUGCUCCCAUAGAACCCAUGAUGUCAUCAACCCCAGGCAGGCCGCUGGCCAGAGCUGAGAUGGAAAGAUCAAAGCCUGACCGAGAGAGAACCCAUCCUGCUAAGAAUGAUAAAGAACAGGACAAAGGCAAAACAUGUCUUGAGAGGUUCCCUGGUUUGGUUGAAAGCCAAAGCUCCAGUGAGCAAAACAGAGCUGCCAGGCAGUCACCACCAAUGACCAAUGGACUUCUGGGUAGGGGGGUCCCAGGACUGGAGCAGAGCCAUGAGGCUAAAUUUACCUCUGCAGUUUCUGAACGAUCAAGCACAGGCAGUCCAGCAGCAAAGCCUUCUAGGGAUAGUAACUUAGAGAACUGCCUUGUGAAAAGCAGGAGGCACCUGGAGUAUGACGCUCACUGGCAAUGGGUUCAGUCUCAAGAUGAUGUGACAUUCUUGUAGCAUCCAAGACCUGCUGUCGAGAUCAACGAUUAUGGGCUCAGGUCAUUUAAGUGUUGGGCCACAGGCCUUACCAAAAUGGUUGCUUUUGCUGGGGUGUUCUUUGGUGAACUGGACAUACAUAUAUGCCACACAGAUUGCAUUGUUUCUGCUUGUAAUUAACCCUGAGAACCCAUCUUGCAUCAAAGGAAACUACUGUACUCCUGUGAGGCAACCUUUGGUCUGUCGUGGCUGUUCCUUCAGUCUUGUGCAAUAAGAGAAUUAUUUCCAGUUUCUGUGGCAGCUGAUAAUAUAUUGCACAUCCCUUCUUCUAAGGCAUAGACAGAAUGUUCACCCUUUUUUUUCAAAGUGUCAACUGCUACUGAGAACAUUUUUGUUAUGUUAUGUGCCAUUAAGUCAGUUCCAAUUUACAGCAACCCUCCUAGGUUUUCCAAGGUUAGUGAGAUGUUUCAGAAGAGGUUUUACCAUUGCCAAAAUCAGUGAAUUCCCAUGGCUGAAUGGGGAUAUGAACCAGGUCUCUUAGUCCGCUACUUGAUCCACUCCACUGGCUUCCCUGUGAACAUUACUGUGCAGUAUAUAUAUAUAUGUCCUCAGUAGCAGCUGAGACAUUACUGUAACCGUUGUUUUCGCUGCAGCUGUUUGUUUCCCUAUUUCUCUUUAUAUCACCUGAGUUAUUCAUGGCUUUGGGAUGGGACAAGGGUAAUUUCUUUGAAGCCAUUUCCCUUUGUGCACUUUCAUUGUUACCCACUCUCUUUGCUUAAUAUUUAAUUUAUGUCCUAUGCUUAUAGAAUAAGGGAGAAUUAACUCUAUAAUGAGCUCUACAAACUUAUUCACCACACUCCCCGUAUCAAGCAUUCCCCACCAGCAUUGGUCAACCCUAGUCUUAUAUGCAUGGACCUGAAAUGUGUGCAUUCAUGCUUGUGAACAUGGGGAUUGGGGAGGGGUGCAAAGGGAUUUUUGUGUACAUAAAUGCAUUUAGAGGGCAGCUAUGGGGUACUGCAGUUCUGAGGUAUUCCAGCUGGUACAGACAUGCAUCGUGUCUGUGGGCAUGUGCUCCCUUCUGCUCCCAGCUUCACAAGAGAAUCAGAGCUUGCCUGCUUUGUGGUAUAGGGGUGGGAGUGGGGGCGAAAUAAAAAUGCCUUAGAAAGGAAGAGAUGAACUGCAGAUAAGUUAGGAGGUGGGGAAUUAUUGUUGACCUCGUACUGCACUGCAUGUCACAAGUGCUUUGAUUUACUCCAAAAGCAAGAUGUGGUAAAGAUUAGAUUCUGCCCCUCAGUGGUGACCGCAAUUUUUGGCAGUUGAAGAAUUGAACUAACAUUUAUGAAACCCUGUGGAGAACAUCCAAGGUAUGUUCUAAGUUAAGGGAGCCAACAUAUCUUUGGGGUGUCUGUGCCAUUAAAAGAUUGAUUUUUUAAAAAACAGGAUAAAAUGGGGGCUGUCACAAAGGCUGAAUGUGUGCUGAGCUGCAAUAAACUUGGGAGGAUUCUAUGGGGAUGAAGUCACCAUGUGCCCCUCCCCAUGAGCGAAUGAGCCAUUCCACAAUGCGUUCCUCCUCCUCCUUUGAGACACACACACACACACACACACAGAGAGAGAGAGAGAGAGAGAGAUUUUAAUUGUUUGCGUUCUAAUAAUUCCCUGUAGAGUUUAUGUAUUCUGAUUCCGUGUCCUAUUUCAAGUGACUGAGAGCCAGAAUAAAUAUGUGGUUAACUAUGUGAUUAUGAUUAAAGUGUUUAUUUUUAGCAGUCAUUGAGCUGGGGGAAUUUGGAUUUGGAAGAGAGGGAGUUAACUCUUACCUUCCUUGAUAUAAUCCUGUUGAUUCCUCCCCCCAUUCCCUACUGGGAUGGAUAUGUGUGUGUGUGUGUGUCUGUGUUUGGUGGCACAGGAGAAGGAAAGAUAGGCUUCUCCCUACAAGCUUGGUCCUGCCCUCUAACCAAUAGCAUAGCCACUAUUUAAAAACCUGUAAAACUAUUAAUUGCUGUUACUACCCCCCCUCCACAUAUGUUUCUUUCCUGCCCUCUUGUGGUUCACCAUGAUUUGUGAAAUAAACCAUGUCAUCCAGAAUACAUGAGGAUUCUAAGUUCAUAAGUGAGAGCCACAGUGGUGGCUGCCUUCUGAAAGCUAUCCCACUCUGUUGUUAGUGUCGUAUCGCCUUUUCUUUGUACAUGCCACUAUCUUGCCAUUUCGCUUUCAGAGAACAAACAAUGGUUUCUAGCACAGGUAUGACAAUCGUGAGUAGACUCACUCCAUAAAUAGUAUUAGCUGAUAAUCUACAUCUGUUCAAAUUUUGACCAAUAGUCAUGUUUCAAAUAUAUAUUAAAAUUCUUUAUGCUCCUUUUUCUGAAUUUGAACAACUGGUUGAUUUGAAUCCAGGGAUUGUUUGAUUUUAAUUAUAUUUCAUAGGAUAUUAUAUUAACUUAACAAGGGCAGCAGCAAUAAAAGCAACACCUAAUACUCAGAUUCAGGUCCUUUGCAAUGUUGAUUGGAUUCACCCUUUUGAUAAUGGAUGUGUACCUCUUGUUCCUUAUUUUAUCUUUAUUAGAGCAUAAGGAGCCUUGUGGCAUAGUGGUUAAACUGCUGUACUACAGCCAAAGCUCUGUUCACGAUCC